GCAAGGAACUGUACCGUUACCUGCGUGACUGUAUAUUUUUUUCACAAAAUCAACGAAGCUACAUCUACUGCAAGGCGAGAAACAAAUCUGAAGUAUGAGCUACAGAUCGAUUAUGCGUUACGCCAAAGCAAAUGAUUUGUAUGAAAUUGUGUCUGUGCGGAGUAUUGCAGAAGAACAUAGAGCAAAGACUGGCGAGGACGCGGUGAUUGCAGUGGACGGAGUGGGAUGCGUGUGGUACCUGUACCGGAACUGCGAUUUUCGCUCUGGUGGGCAGUACAAGGAAUUCCGGGAGGCGUGCUGGAACUUUGUGGAGAAAUUCAGUAAAUCUGGCGUCGGACUCGUGUUCUUCUUCGAUGGACUACCACCUGCUGAGAAGAAGGAGAAAUGUCCAGACGUGUCUAAAAAUAAUGUGGAGAAAAUUAAGCAGAAUCUGAUACAACUGCACGUGACUAGUGAUACAACUACUGGGUCGAGACGCCUACCAGAGGGGCUGAUACCAAGUGCCCGGGUGAUCUUCAGGGAUGUACCAUCAACUGAGGUGCGCCUCUGUGUGGAGGAUUAUUACCAGGAGACCGCUCAGUUCGCAGCUAGCUGCAAAAAUUGCCUCGGUGUGAUGUCAAAUACUGCAAGUUUUCUGAUAUAUAAGGAUGCACAAAGCAUGUUCGCAUUCGACGGAAACUAUGAGAUAGAUGGCGAAGUGAGGAUGAUGCGUUUUCGUCCCUCUGACCUCGCCUCCCACCUUGGCAUCCAGCAACAAGACCUGCCUGCGCUUGUAACAUUCCUAGGAAGCGAUAACAUCAACUCGGAAGAGAGGCGAAGAGUUCACGGACGACUUAGCUCUCGUUACGGCCGAAGAGAACAUCUAGCCAGCGUUGUAGCGGAGCUGGUGAAGAACAACACGGUGGAGGAAAUGUGCCGCAUUGCGUUUGGUUCCAGGUGGCGAGAAUUCGUCGACACCGUGAAGGCAGACAUUGACCACUUCAGGUACAAGCGAAGGGCAACUGUAAGGGCCUCAGAUAAGUCUAGCUGGUCUGAUGUCCUCCAGCGCAUUACAGCUAAACACUUGUCUGGGGAGAUACCAGCAGCCGUACUCUCAGUUGCCAAGUGUCACAUGUUGGACACGGGUGCUGCACUGGAAGAGCUCUUCCAGGACGAGUAUGAUGGAAUGGCGACAGGAGACGUGCUUAAAAGUAUGAGGAGCAGGAUGUACAGCGUGCUGCUGUGGGAAAGUGGAGAUGGUCCAUUUCACGUGGAGGAGCUGGUGACCAGGAAGACGGAGGUGUACCGGGAGCAAGUGGAGGUCCAAAAGCACCUGCCACUCAAUGUGGAACACCCAGGCCUGCUGAAACUGUGGGCUGGAGAUGUGGACACGCGCUGGAGGCUAUUCAGCUGGAUAGUGGGAGCCCCAGACUCAGAGGGUUCUGUCCUCAGGUCGCUGGAGCCCCAGUGUCUGGUCGUGCCAGCUGCCGCACUGUACUUUCUCCGCCACGAAGCCAAAGUCCUGAGGUGUCACGAGGCUGAGAUCUUUGCUGUGGUCGCAAUCAAUGUAUGCAACUUUACUCCAGAGGAACUGGCCCAAAAACACGUCCCAAUGCUGGAUCCACGUGCCACCUUCCUAGCAACACUCUUCGUGCGUACUGUCCUGCAAUUGCUGGAUGCGGCCAUUGUCUGUGGUCUGUCCUUCCCAACAGAGGCUGACUGCCAGCUGGAUGCCUACUUUGAUGGGAAGUUCUUCCAUGAGCUCUAUCUGAGGGCUAAGAACCAAUCGUUCUCAAGGGUGGGAAGUCAUGCUCCCUGGGACCCUUCAUACCUCGAACCAAUUCACAAGUUGCUGAAUGUUGUAGAAGGCACCCAUACUGGUCAUCAGUGA